GCAGUCUGUGAAGAUUUUGAUGAAUGUGCCCCCCCCCUUCGCCCCCUGUAUGCAUCACUGCGCUAACACUGUCGGCUCAUACUAUUGCCAGUGCAGAGAAGGAUUCAAGCUAAAUGGAGGCACUGCAUGUUUAGCUACAGGUAACGCUAUCAGACUGCUGAUGGUGCAGAGGAGCUCUAUGGGGCUGUUAAAUGUGACGUCUCAACAGUUUAAAGUUAUCCACACUCCAGUUCCUGACCCAGUGGCUUUGACUUUCGAUGUUUUCCGAGGCUGGUACUACUGGGCCGACAACCGUGGCAGCAUUUACAAAAGUGAUGGACGGCAGAGCUGGGCAACAUUUACUGGUGAGCCUGGAAUCACGGGUCUAGCUUGCGAUUGGUUGAAUGGAAACCUGUUCUGGUCCAAUCAGAAGACGGAGUCAAUCUACAUGCAGUCAGCUGACGGGAGAAGUUUCACUACACUGCUGAGCAAACGCAACACACCAUCAGAUUUGGUGCUCAUACCUGUGGAGAGCCUGAUGUUCUGGUUCAGUUCUGGCCCGGGGGACAGAGUGACGAUAGAGAUGUCGUGGAUGGACGGGUCCGAUGGAAACACUCUGGCGGUGCUCACUGCUCAGGCGGCCCACAGCCUCACUGCAGACGUUGCUGCCAGGAGGCUGUACUGGAUCAGCAACUUCAAGAAGUCCAUAGAGACGGUGAAGAUGGACGGGACCGGCCACCUCUCCUUCACAGGCCUGUUCAGCAGGAAGGCGGCUCUCGGCCUCGCUGUGUUUGAGAGCUCCUUCUACUGGGUCGAUGACGGAGGACUGUGGCAGGUCCCACAGACGCAGCCAAACCAGAAGACAUUUCUUUUGAAAGCGGCACUGCCGACACUAGUCGUUUACCAUGAGCUACAGCAGCCUCAAGGUUCUACUGCAUGUGCAAAUACUCCGUGUCAGCUCUGCCAGCUAACUAAAAGAAACCCGGUGGGAUUCACCUGUGCUUGUCCGAACGCCAAGAUGCUGUUGCCUGAUGAGACAUGUCAAUACCCAAGGUUUGUUUAUGCCACCAACAUGGACAUCAACCUGCUGGAGAUCAGAGGGAGAGCCUAUGAUCAAACCCAGCUGUUAAGCACUGGCGACGGGAUCCUGUCCUUUGACCUGGACUGGUACAGAGACUGGCUCUACUGGGCCAAUCAAACCGGCCAUAUCCAACGCACCAGUCUGACCCAGGUCAAAACUGAGGUGGUCCCAACACCUCUGCCAGUUUGUUUGAUUAGAAUAGACCAGAGGAAAGGGAACCUCUAUUGGGUGUCAUGUGACCAAAACAGCAUCGGCACCUCCACAGCCGACAGCCGGAACCUGCAGCAGCUGUACCGUACGACCAAGAAGAUCAGAGACCUGCAUCUGGACUGGCUGAGGGGGGGCAUCAUCUGGUUGGAGGAAGACCAAAUCCUCACCAUGAGCAUGGCGGGAGGAAGUGUCAAAAAGCUGCUGCGGUUGGCAGACGAAGUCCAGGGGAACGUCGCCUUCGACCUCAGGGCUAACAGCCUGCUCUGGAACUCAAAAAGGGCAGGUUUGACCACGAUGAGUUUGCUGCAGGCGAAAAGCCACAAAGCUGGCAGGAGAUGGAACAUUUCCGGCUCAGUCAUAUCUGCUUUUGAGCCCUUCCUGCUGUCCCAUUCGGAUAAUGUCCUGACUCUGUGGGACCGGCGUGACGGGAGCGUCAUCCAAGACAUGCCUGUGAGAGGGCGUGUGUUCAGUGUCAUCAUUGCACUGAAGGACGUCCGCCCAGUGCCAGAUACUCCAGUUUGCGCUGAACCCUAUGUGCUGUGCCGACACACAUCAAUCUGCCUCUCACAAGCCCAGCUGUGUGACGGGAAAAAGGACUGCCCUGAUGGAGAGGACGAGGAUGGUUGUGUAACCACAUGCCCAUCUAAAGGAGAUUUCAAGUGCAAGGACAGUAGGAGUUGUGUCCCCAGGGUUCUCGUCUGUGACGGUCGUUCUCAUUGUCGUGAUGGCUCAGACGAGGUCAACUGUCCGACCGUAUCUUCAGUUGGAGCUCUGUUAAACACUCUGAAGUGCCGCACGGGCUCCAAGCCGUGUGAAGACGGGACUGAGUGUGUUUUAUACAGCCACGUGUGUGACGGGGAGAAGGACUGUCAGGACGGAUCUGAUGAACAGGGAUGUGAACCACUCAAACCUCCUGCUCCAGUCGCGCCGACCUGCAGCAGCCCCGCUGUGCUCUGUCCCAAUUCUGCUGUUCAGCUCUGCAUUUCUCCGAGUCAGUUCUGCAACGGGCUCAAAGACUGUCCUGAUGGCUUUGAUGAAAAGAAAUGUGUGAAAAGGUGUCCCUCUAGAAGCGACUUCCGCUGCAACGACCGCCGGAGCUGCGUCUCGCAGAGUCUGGUUUGUGACGGCCGCUCUCAAUGCAACGACGGCUCAGAUGAGCUCAACUGUCCGAACGCUACCCCUCCUGCAGCUGGAGCAAACGUCCUGAAGUGUCGCAUCGGCACCAAACUGUGUGGAGACGGGACAGAGUGUGUCCUCUUCAGCCACGUCUGUGAUGGAGAGAGAGACUGCCGGGACGGAUCGGAUGAAGUAGGAUGUGAUGCUGCAAACACUGUCUCGACCAGUCUUCCAGAAACUGUGCGCUCAAUUCAAUCACCUCCACCUGUCGAGACAUUUACUCAGCCCCCCACCAACCCCCCCUGCAGCAGCCCUUCAGCUCUGUGUCCAGGCUCCUCUUUAUGCAUCAGCCCAACACAGUUUUGUGAUGGAAAGAAAGACUGCCCUGAUGGGUCUGAUGAGAACUGUGUGAAAAGAUGUCCUUACAGGACUGAUGUCCGCUGCAAAGACCGGAGGAGCUGCGUCUCGCAGAGUCUGGUUUGUGACGGCCGCUCUCAAUGCAACGACGGCUCAGAUGAGCUCAACUGUCCGAACGCUACCUCUCCUGCAGCUGGAGCAAAUGUCCUGAAGUGUCGCAUCGGCACCAAACUGUGUGGAGACGGGACAGAGUGUGUCCUCUUCAGCCACGUCUGUGAUGGAGAGAGAGACUGCCGGGACGGAUCAGAUGAAGAAGGAUGUGAAAAUCUCCGCUCCAAUGAAUCUCCCACACCCUUCGUCGAGACAUUUACUCAGCCCGCAACCAACCCCCCCUGCAGCAGCCCUUCAGCUCUGUGUCCAGGCUCCUCUUUAUGCAUCAGCCCAACACAGUUUUGUGAUGGAAAGAAAGACUGCCCUGAUGGGUCUGAUGAGAACUGUGUGAAAAGAUGUCCUUACAGGACUGACUUCCGCUGCAAGGACCGUCGCAGCUGCAUCUCAAAGAGUCUGGUUUGUGACGGCCGCUCUCACUGCCACGAUGGCUCCGAUGAGCUCAACUGUGGGAGUGUAGCUCUGCUUGCACCUCGAGCGAACGUCCUGAAGUGCCGCAUGGGCUCACAGCUGUGUGGAGACGCGACAGAGUGUGUCCUCUUCAGUCACGUCUGUGAUGGAGAGAGAGACUGCCAGGACGGAUCAGAUGAAGUAGGAUGUGAUGCUGCAAACACUGUCUCGACCAGUGUUCCAGAAAAUGUGCGCUCAAUUCAAUCACCUCCACCUGUUGAGACAUUUACUCAGCCCCCCACCAACCCCCCCUGCAGCAGCCCUUCAGCUCUGUGUCCAGGCUCCUCUUUAUGCAUCAGCCCGACACAGUUUUGUGAUGGAAAGAAAGACUGCCCUGAUGGGUCUGAUGAGAACUGUGUGAAAAGAUGUCCUUACAGGACUGACUUCCGUUGCAAAGACCGUCGCAGCUGCGUCUCGAAGAGUCUAGUUUGUGACGGCCGCUCUCACUGCCUCGACGGCUCCGAUGAGCUCAACUGUGGGAGCGUAGCUCUGCUUGCACCUCGAGCGAACGUCCUGAAGUGUCACAUCGGCUCACGGCUGUGUGGGGACGCGACAGAGUGUGUCCUCUUCAGUCACGUCUGUGAUGGAGAGAGAGACUGCCAGGACGGAUCAGAUGAAGAAGGAUGUGAUGUCUUAGAGGUUUCCCCUACAACUGCUGCAGAAAAUGUUUGGCGAAAUGACACCCCUUCACCUGUGGCACCCUUCACUGAGGCCCCCACCAACCCCCCCUGCAGCAGCCCUUCAGCUCUGUGUCCAGGCUCCUCUUUAUGCAUCAGCCCAACACAGUUUUGUGAUGGAAAGAAAGACUGCCCUGAUGGGUCUGAUGAGAACUGUGUGAAAAGAUGUCCUUACAGGACUGAUGUCCUUUGCAAAGACCGGAGGAGCUGCGUCUCGCAGAGUCUGGUUUGUGACGGCCGCUCUCAAUGCAACGACGGCUCAGAUGAGCUCAACUGUCCGAACGCUACCCCUCCUGCAGCUGGAGCAAACGUCCUGAAGUGUCGCAUCGGUACCAAACUGUGUGGAGACGGGACGGAGUGUGUCCUCUUCAGCCACGUCUGUGAUGGAGAGAGAGACUGUCGGGACGGAUCGGAUGAAGAAGGAUGUGAAAAUCUCCGCUCCAAUGAAUCUCCCACACCCUUCGUCGAGACAUUUACUCAGCCCCCCACCAACCCCCCCUGCAGCAGCCCUUCAGCUCUGUGUCCAGGCUCCUCUUUGUGCAUCAGCCCAACACAGUUUUGUGAUGGAAAGAAAGACUGCCCUGAUGGGUCUGAUGAGAACUGUGUGAAAAGAUGUCAUUACAGGACUGACUUCCGCUGCAAAGACCGGAGGAGCUGCGUCUCGCAGAGUCUGGUUUGUGACGGCCGCUCUCACUGUCACGACAGCUCCGAUGAGGACGACUGCCCGAACGUAGUUUCAUCUGUAGCUCGAACAAACGUCCUGAAGUGCCGGUUGGGCUCAAAGCCUUGUGAUGACGGAAAAGAGUGUGUUUUGUACAGCCACGUGUGUGAUGGAGAGAAAGACUGUAUGGAUGGAUCUGAUGAACAGGGAUGCCAAGAAACAUGCAAACAAGGUGAGUUUCAGUGCGCCCAUGGGAAGAUGUGCAUCCCUGCAGCCGAGGUGUGUGAUGGCAAGCCGCAGUGUCAGGAUCAGUCGGAUGAGCGGGACUGCUGGAUCAAAACCAAGAGCUGCGCGCACCGCUGCGGCAAGCGAUGCAUCCCAAACACAUUCCUGUGCGAUGGAGAGAAGGACUGCCUGGAUGGGUCAGAUGAGGCGGGCUGCGACCCUGUUACUGCUGCAUCAGCGUCUCCUGUUCUCACCUCCACAUCAUCUUGCGUCGCUCCAUCAGUUCUCUGUCCAGAUUCCUCUCUGUGUAUCUCUCAAAGCCAGCUGUGUGAUGGAAAAAAAGACUGCCCUGAUGCAUUUGAUGAAAAUAACUGUUUAAUCCAAUGCAAAAAUCCAGGUGACUUUAUGUGCAGCGACCGUAGGAUGUGCCUCCCUAAGUCAGAAGUGUGUGACGGCCGCGCCCACUGUCCCGACGGCUCGGAUGAGAUGCAGUGCCAAUCAGAAGAUCCUAUUGCUCCCUCCUCCAACAAUGCGCUCGGUGCCAAUUCCGCCCCGUUGAAGUGCCGCACAGGUUUCAAGCCAUGUAAAGACGGCCUGGAUUGUGUUAUGUUCAGCCAUCUGUGUGACGGAGAGAGGGACUGCAACGAUGGAUCAGACGAAGAGGGAUGUGCCGCCAAGUGCAAAACAGAUGAGUUCCGGUGUGCUCACGGGAACAGAUGCAUCCCAUCAGAGAAGGUGUGUGACGCGCAGAACGACUGUCAAGACCGAUCUGACGAAAUGGACUGUUCAAGUCAGACCGAGGGCUGCCGUCAUCGCUGUGACAACAACACUCGCUGUAUCCCGGACACCUUCCUGUGUGACGGAGAGAGAGACUGCACCGAUGGGUCUGAUGAAAAGAAGUGUGGUUCGGUGUCCUGUCCCAUGGAGCAGUACCGCUGUCUCAGUGGUCAGUGUGUGUCCGAGGCCCUGAGGUGUGAUGGAUACGCGGACUGCAGCGAUCGUUCUGAUGAGGCGCAUUGCAUGAGACCCCCCCACUGCCCCACACAGCUGAGAUGCCCAAACAGCCACCAGUGCCUGCAGAAAGAGUGGCUCUGUGACGGCGAAGAAGACUGCAAUGAUGGAUCAGACGAGAAGAACUGCGUGAUGUCGCCAGCAAAGUGCAGGGAGUACCAGUGGCAGUGUGGAGAAAGCAGUCAGUGCAUCCCUCUGUCAUGGAGGUGUGACGGGAAGACAGACUGCCACAACGACAUGGACGAGGACAAAUGCAGCCAGAGAAUUUGCCCCUCUCCCCUUUUCCAGUGUGGCAGCGGUGAGUGUGUGGACCCCAGCCUGGUGUGUAACGGCCUCACCAACUGUGCCGACCGCUCGGACGAGGGUGCGGGAUGCGCUCAACACAACUGCUCCAGCCCGUCAGCUCCGCGCUGUGAGGAGUACUGUGUCAGCACCCCAACCGGACCGAGGUGUUACUGUGCUGCUGGUUUCAGACUACAGUCCAGUGCUCUGUACUGUGUGGAGAUUGACGAGUGCAAUACUGUGCCGCAGGCCGUGUGCAAACACACCUGCCUGAACACUCAGGGGUCCUACAUCUGUAGCUGCUUUCCUGGCUUCUACCUGGAGCCUGACAACAAAAGCUGCAAGACCAGAGACGAGCCUUUGCUUCUGGCCUCGGUGCAGUCUGAGCUCUUACUGCAAGGAGUCCACAGCAGCACCUUGCGUCUUCUGUCCUCGGCCAACCGGCCCGUCUUCUCUCUGGAUUAUCACUGGGCUAAACAGAGAGUUUACUGGCUGAGCCCCGACUACCAGAGCAUCCGCUGGUCUGACAUGAAAGACUCAAACAGCAAAGGGACACUCAUCAAAGGAGUAAAGUCUGACUCCAUCGCUGUGGACUGGAUUGGUAAGAACCUGUACUGGGUGGAUGGACUGGUAGGCCAGAUUCUGGCUGUGAAGCUGAGCAAUACCCCGGUGACAUCCCAGGACUACACGGUGGUGCUGGGAGAAGACCUGGAGCAGCCCAGCUCACUGGUCCUGGUGCCACACAGAGGGAUGAUGCUUUGGUCUGAGAUCGGCAGCACCCCUCAGAUCGAGCGCUCCGGGAUGGACGGAUCGAAGAGGAAGGUGGUGGUGAGCCAGGGCCUCAGCUGGCCAAUCGGUCUGGCCUACGACCUCCUGGACAACCGGGUGUACUGGGCCGACGAGAAGAUGCGCUGCAUCGGCUCCACCUCUCUGGAUGGAGAAAAUGUCAAGAUCCUCCAGUUGGACGAAACGCCAAGUCCUUUCUCGGUGGCCAUCUUCAAUGACAGAGUUUACUGGUCCGACACUAAAAGAAGAACCAUCCGCUCAGCUGAUAAGAACACCGGCAAAUAUCAAAAGGUUCUCCUGAAAAGACCAGGGCAGCCAUUUGGGCUCAAACUGAUGCACGCCCUUUCCCAACCGGACAUAUCCAGUCCUUGCGAGCAGCGUCACUGCUCCCACCUCUGCCUGCUGGCCCCGGCCACGAGACCCUCGGGCCCCCCUACAGCGGUGUGCCGAUGCCCAAAGGGGCUGCUCCUUUCCAAGGACAAGAAGACCUGCUCUCUGCCUGCGGAUUCAACCUUCAUCAUGCUUCUGUCUCGCACCACAGUCUACCAGGUCCACUUACAUUCCAUGCAUCGUGAGGGUAUUGCUCUGAAAAAGAUGCCAAACGGCAGAGUCUUAGCCCUGCCUGGGGUAACUGAGGCCUCGGCACUGGACGUGUCCAUCCAGGAGCUUUCUGUGUUUGUGGCGGAUGCAAGGCAGGGAUCUGUGGAUGUGCUGAAGCUGAGCGGCUCCACGUCGAGACAGGGACUGAUUCCUACAGGACAAAUCCUAAAGCUGGAGGACGAUGCGGUCACAGCUCUGGCAGUGGACUGGGUGACCUCUAACCUCUACUGGAGCAGCAGCGCCAGGCCUGAUCUUCAUGUGACCUCCCGGAAAGAUGCCUACACCACCUCGCUGCUGCAGGGAUCACUGAAGGACACCACAUCCAUCGCCCUGCACCCCCCCCUCGGGACUACUUUGCUACACAGCAUUUGUGGUGGCAGGUGGGAAGAGCCAGGCGGAGGUGAACUGCGCCUGGAUGGACGGCCGUAACAAAGUGGUGCUGUGGAGGAGGUCGAGCAUCCCCACCUCGCUGGUCUUCUCCCAUCAAGAUCCACACAGGGUCUACUGGGCUGACACAGGGGAAGGUGUAAUCAGCUCUAUAAGAGUGGAUGGAACAGGAUACAAACAGUACAACACCGGGCCUGGUCUGCUCAUCUCCUUCACGUAUACUGAGAACAUCUUCCUCUGGGUCAGCCAGGACAAAG